GUCAGGGGCUUCGCAGCCGAGACUCGCUGCGCACUCGCAGCUCCGGGAUUGGCAGCGGCCUAAAGGGUCGGCCGGCAGGGCUGCAAGAUUCGCCGGAGGCGGGCUGCGAGUUCGUGGGCUCGUUGGGCUUGUCCGACGCCCUGCCUGCCUGGCUAACCUCGGUCAAAGGCCCAGGGGUUUCUUCUAUCGGAGGAAGGGGGACUCCGCUCGAAAGUGUCCUGGCGGAGGGACCGGGCGCCAGCAGAUCGAGGCGGGGUCCUGCCGCGGUCUGUCUGGGAUCCCCGGGGGGUAGCGCUCGGUGGUGGGGUGGGGGCGUCUUCAGCGGGCGGUGGAGCUGGCUUGGGUCCCGGCUGGGCCCGGUGUCAGCCCUGCCUCUGUAACGCUAGAUUUGCAAGGCGGGGCUAGGCUUUGCACCGGUGUCCCGUUGCUUGCACAGCACCAGUCCAGAUCCACUCACCUUGUUUAUUUGCAAAUAGUUUUGCAGUAACAAAGGUUUACUGCAAAAGAGAGGGCCAGGGGAGGCCUCAGGGAUAGGCUGAAGGGUGACUGGAUCUAAUCUUCAUUCAUGUGAUUUAAAUGAAAUACACAGGGUUACCUGGACACCACACUUUUUCCCUUGGGAAAGGAUUAUAGAAUAUUCCAGCAUAAUCUAUUUGGAGAUCAUCUUGUUCUAUCCUAAAUAACAGAAGAGGGAAGUGACAGUUGGCAUACCAGUGCCAAACAGGGCAUGCAUGUUAAUGUUUACAUAGUAUUUGUCUUUUCCUAGGAUAAGGUUUAACACUUACCUUGCUGGAGGGUACUUCUUCAAAGCAAUCAAGUGGUUUAUAGUUUCCAUUAAUGAGAGGAGAAUAAAUUUUGGCUUAUUAUGUUUAUCCACAAUCCAAACAACCAGAGGGUUCAAAUUAAUACACUUGGGGAGUUUCAUUGUGCAUUUGACGGUUUUAAGAACAAGAGUGAGAUUACAGGUCAGCUUCUAAAUGUCUUCAAAGAAUAAAACAAGAUUUAUUUUAGUAGACACCUUUUAGAUUAUUACAUGGGCUCAAACAUAGUUUUUCCUACCGUCUAGUUCUGCUCUGAGUCAGGGCUAUCAAAAUUAAAUCAUGUUUACUCUGUGGUUUUAAUGUCCUGUGUGUUUUUAUAUUCUUUCUUUCUUUCUUUUUUUUUUUUUUUUUUUUGCUCUUUUUGCCCAGGCUGGAGUGCAGUGGCAUGAUCUCGGCUCACUGCAACCUCAUCUUCCCGAGUUCAAGCCAUUCUCAUGUGUCAGCCUCCCGAGUAGCUGGGAUAAAAAGGUGCACAGCACCAUGCCGGGCUAAUUUUGUAUUUUUAGUAGAGACAGGGUUUCUCCAUGUUGGUCAGGCUGAUCUUGAACUGCUGACCUCAGGUGAUCCGCCCACCUCGGCCUCCCAAAGUGCUGGCAUUAUAGACAUGAACCACCGCACCCGGCCUAUAUGCUUUCUUAAUAUCCAUUCUGGAUCAGUGCUGUUGGAAGACAAAAUUACAACCAAUUUAGUUAAAGAUCUAAUUAGCUUUUAUUCUUGAUUUGUGAAUAGGGCAAUCUCCAUUCUACAAAAUAGAAUAAGAGCUUGAUAGGGUAAUAGCACAACAGUGGGUUUUGUAGGGCGGCAACAAAGAAACAGAACAAUAGGUAAAAAAGCUGAUUGGUUAACGUCAAGUUACAUUAGGUUACUUUUUUCCUAAGGGUUAAAGCAGAAGCGACUUCCUUAUUAUUCUGACUCAGGAAGACUGGAAUCUUCUGAUCUCAGGAAAAGCUGGUCUGUUUGAGAUGCACCUCCUUCUUUGAAGUUUUAGUUUGAUCAAGUGGCAUAUGGCAUGAGUGGCUGCAUUUUGGUUUGGUCUCAUCCUGGGGCCUAGUGCAGGGGCUCAGUCCAAAACAAUGACCUCUCCUGGGCCAGGCAUGGUGGCUUCUGUCAUCCCAGCACUUUGGGAGGCCGAGGCGGCAGAUUGCCUGAAGCCAGAAGUUUGAGACCUCAUCUCUAAAAAAACCCAAAAAACCAAAAAAGCCACACACACACACCCCAUAUUAACAUUAUAUGUAUGUAACAUCUCCCAUAAUUUUUAACAGAGGUAACACAUGUGGACAUGUUUGUGUAUCUGUUUAAUCAAUCUGUUAUUAGUGACAUAGAGUUCUAAAAAACCUUUUCUCAUACAUACAAACAAUUGGAAGAUUAUUUUAGCUUGGAAUAAACUAAAUACCUGCUGCUAUAACAAAAUGACAAAAUAGCUUAAACUGGACAAUUUAUAAACAACAGCAAUUUAUAGAAUUCUUAUAGUUCUAGAGGCUAAGAAGUCCAAGAUUAAGGUGCCAGCAGAUUUAGUGUCUGAUGAGGAUCCUGUCCUCAUAGACGGCCAUUUCCUUGCUCUGUCCUCAUGUGGUGGAAGGGGCAAACUGCUCCCUUACAUCUCUCUUGCUCUUUUUUUUUUUUUUUUUUUUUUUGAGAUGGAUCCUCGCUCUGUCACCCAGGCUGGUAGCGCAGUCUUGGCUCACUGCAACCUCUGCCUCCUGGAUUCAAGUGAUUCUCCUGCCUCAGCCUCCCGAGUAGCUGGGAUCACAGGCGUGGACCACCAUGCCUGGCUAAUUUUUGUAUUUUUAGUAGAGAUGGGGUUUCACCAUGUUGGACAGGCUGGUCUUGAACCCCUGACCUCAGGUGAUCUGCCCACCUUGGCCUCCCAAAGUUCUGGGAUUAUAGGUGUGAGCCACAGUGCCCAGCUCCAUCUCUCUUACAAGGCCACUAAUCCUAUAAAUGAGGGCUUGCCCUCAUGACUUAAUCACAUCCUAAAGGUCCCACCCCUUAAUACUAUCACAUUUGUGUUAAGUUUCAACAUUCGUAUAUUUAAACUUAUGACACGUGUCAUAUAAUGUGUCAUAUUACAUAUUAUGUGUCAUAAUAUGGACACAUUCAGACCAUAGCAAAUAGUACUGUGCAUAUCAUGCAGUGGAUAUGCUAAGUUUUAGAGUCAACUUUGUAGAAAAUAACAUAUUGAUGACUAGUACUUUAAUAUAUUCUGGAGUAUCGGGGGAACCCGCCCCCAAUAUUUCAACAUAGGUUCCAUUUUCCAUAAGUGUCGGCCAGCUGAGAAAUAAAGAGAGACAGUAUAAAGAGAGGAAUUUUACAGCUGGGCCGCCAGGGGUGACAUCACAUAUUGGUAGGACCAUGAUGCCCGCCUGAGUCUCAGACCAGCAAGUUUUUAUUAAGGGUUUCAAAAGGGGAGGGGGCGUAAGAACAGGGAGUAGGUACAAAUAUCACAGGCUUCAAAGGGCAAAAAGCAGAACUACUAAUAAGGGUCUAACAAAGAUCACAUGCUUCUGAGGGAACAGGACAAAGGGCAAAAGCAGAACUACUGAUAAGGGUCCAACAAAGAUCACAGGGCAAAGGGCAAAAGCAGAACCACUGAUAAAGAUCUAUGUUCAGUGGUGCACAUAUUGUCUUGAUAAACAUCUUAAAUAACAGAAAACAGCAUUCGAGAGCAGAGAACUGGUCUGACCACAAAUUUACCAGGGUGGAGUUUUUCCUCACCUUAGUAAGCCUGAGGGUACUGCAGGAGACCAGGGCGUAUCUCAGUCCUUAUCUCAACCGCGUAAGACAGACAUUCCCAGACCAGCUGUUUAUAGACCUCCCCCCAGAAAUGCAUUCCUUCCCUAGGGUAUUAAUAUUAAUAUUCCUUCCUAGGAAAAUAAUUUAGUGAUACCUUCUCUACUUGCAUGCCCGUUUAUAGGCUCUCUGCAAGAAGAACAAUAUGGGUGUUUUUGCCUGACCCUGCAGGCAAUCAAACCUUAUGGUUGUCUUCCCUUGUUCCCUGAAAAUCGCUGUUACUCUGUUCUUUUUCAAGGUGUACUGAUUUCAUAUUGUUCAAACACACAUGUUUUACAAUCAAUUUGUACAGUUAACACAAUUAUCACAGUGGUCCUGAGGUGACAUACAUCCUCAGCUUACGAAGAUAACAGGAUUAAGAGAUUAAAGACAGGCAUAAUAAAUUAUAAAAGUAUUAUUUGAGAACUGAUAGAUGUCCAUGAAAUCUUCAAAACUUAUGUUCCUCUGCCGUGGCUCCAGCCAGUCCCUCCAUUCGGGGUCCCUGACUUCCUGCAACACUGGAGUUUGUUGUUCACUGGAUGCUGACAAAUAUGAGAAUGAUCCAGAAUUAGAAAAGAUCCGAAGAGAGAGGAACUACUCCUGGAUGGACAUCAUAACCAUAUGCAAAGAUAAACUACCAAAUUAUGAAGAAAAGAUUAAGAUGUUCUACGAGGAGCAUUUGCACUUGGACGAUGAGAUCCGCUACAUCCUGGAUGGCAGUGGGUACUUCGAUGUGAGAGACAAGGAGGACCAGUGGAUCCGGAUCUUCAUGGAGAAGGGAGACAUGAUAACGCUCCCCGCGGGGAUCUAUCACCGCUUCACGGUGGACGAGAAGAACUACACGAAGGCCAUGCGGCUGUUUGUGGGAGAACCGGUGUGGACAGCGUACAACCGGCCCGCUGACCAUUUUGAAGCCCGCGGGCAGUACGUGAAAUUUCUGGCACAGACCGCCUAGCAGUGCUGCCUGGGAACUAACACGUGCCUCGUAAAGGUCCCCAGCGUAAUGACUGAGCAGAAAAUCAAUCACUUUCUCUUUGCUUUUAGAGGAUAGCCUUGAGGCUAGGUUAUCUUUCCUUUGUAAGAUUAUUUGAUCAGAAUAUUUUGUAAUGAAAGGAUCUAGAAAGCAACUUGGAAGUGUAAAGAGUCACCUUCAUUUUCUGUAACUCAAUCAAGACUGGUGGGUCCAUGGCCCCGUGUUAGUUCAUGCAUUCAGUUGAGUCCCAGAUGAAAGUUUCAUCUCCCCAAAUGCAGUUCCUUAGAUGCUCAUCUGGACGUGAUGAGCCUGCCGUGUAAGAAGGUGCAAUCCUAGAUAACACAGCCAGCCAGAUAGAAGACACUUUUUUCUCCAAAAUGAUGCCUUGGGGUGGGGAGUGGUAGGGGGAAGAGCUCCCACCCUAAGGGGCACACACUGAGUUGCUUAUGCCACUUCCUUCUUCAAAAUAAAGUAACUGCCUUAAUCUUAUGCUCAUGGCUUGGAGUUACCUUAUAUUCAGGUAUAUAUGAUAUUUUGCCUGGUUUGUUAAAAUUGCCCCAUUUAGAUUCCUUCUAUAAUUGUUCUUAUAGAUAAGUAAUUUAUAUAUGAGCUGUGUUAGUAUUUUUUCAGUGUGAGAUCUCUGGAUUCUUUCACAAUCAAGCUGUUGAAUUUUAACAAGAGUAUUAGUACAUAAAUUUUCUACUCAACAAUUCCGAGAUAGGAUUAUGCCUAGUUUGUCAUAUCAUAGAAAAACUCCAAGUUAACUUCAUGUUUUGGAAGGCAGGUCGUUUUUAAAGUAUUUCUUUUUUUAACUGGAUGAAAAAUCUUCAUGUUAGGAUUAAUUUUUUUAAUCACCUCCACACUGUACAGAGGAAACUCAAGGCUUAAAUGUUUAAGUAAACUCUGUCUCAAUUUUAGGAUUAAAAUAUCCACCGGUGGUGUGAUGAUAACAUAUACCGCAGGGCUUGCUUCUGUCAAGUAUGACUCUAUCUCAGUAAUUAAAAUAAGUGCUGAUCUACUGA